AUGGAAGACGAGGACGAGCAUUUUGACGUAGACGAGCGGUUUGACGUAGACGAGUGGGAUUUUGCGAACGGGGCCGGAGCGGGCCGAGGCGCCGGGUGGUGGGGCCGGCAGCGGAGACGGGUGCGUCUGUGGUGGUUCCGGCGAGGGGUGGGCGUGGGGAGGGACGAAACCGCGGCGGGGAUCGAACUGCAGCAGUGGCGAGCGGGGGGAGCCCCCGGGGGCCCCGAGGCCCCCGGGGGCGAACUGCCCGAGUGGCGGGAGCUGACGCAGGGGGGCAAGGACUGGGGCCGGGUCGCGAAGCGGGUCGCGAAGCGGGCCGCCGUAGUGGCCCUGGUGGGAGCAGGCGCCACCGUGCUCACGGUGCGGGCGGUGUCCGGGCGGGGACCCGCAGUAGGACCCCUAGGGGCGCCCGUUGGGGAGCCCCUUGAGGAGCCCCCGGGGCCGCCCCCGGGCGGCGCCCCGGGCUCCGGCGCCCCCCCGCUCACCGUGUUGGUUUCGUUGGACGGGUUCCACCCGGCGUACGUAAGCGCGGAGACGACGCCGUGGCUGUGCGCGCUCUACAGCGGCAACGGCUCCGCGGCCGAGGACGGCCCCGGCCCCGGCCCCGGCCCCGGCGCCGCGCUCACGGCCCCGUACAUGCUGCCCCAGUUCCCGUCGCAGACGUUCCCCAACCAUUGGUCCCUGGUGACAGGCCUGUACCCGAGCGAGCACGGGAUCGUGAGCAACGGGUUCUGGGACCCGGAGCUACAGCGCGCGUUCGCGCACACAGACACCCCGCAGGACCCGGCGUUUUGGCGCGGCGGCACGCCUUUGUGGCAGACCGUGCAGCAGUCGCUCGGCGGCAACGCCGGCGGCAACGCCACCGCGGCCACGCACAUGUGGCCCGGCAGCGAAACCGUGUACCCGGACGAAUGGAACCCAGACGGGACGCGGGAGCCCGCGUACCGCGCGCGGUUCUGGCUCCAAGAGCCCCUCGAGGACAAGCUCGACCGCGUCCUGGCGUACCUAGACAUGCCCGCGCCGCCCGCGCUGCUGCUCGCGUACGUGCCUGCCGCGGACACGUUUGCGCACGCGCACGGAGCACAGAUGUCGCCGCAGCUGGUCGCGGAGUUGCAGCGGAUCGACCGGUUUCUGGAACAGCUGUGGCGGGGUGUACGGGCGCGGGCGCGCGGCGUGCGCGGCAAUCUGGUCGUUGUCAGCGACCACGGCAUGUCCACCGUCGACGUCGCGGACGCGGCUUCCGGCCGGUACGUGGUGUGGGAAGAGCUGCUAGACGAGACCGUGCGGGGCGGCGACCUCAGCUACGUGGUGCACGGGGUCAACUACGCGAUCCGGGUCUCGGACCCUGCGCGGGUUGCCGCGGUGCACGCCGCGCUGCAGGCCGCGCUGCGCGGCUCCCGGGGGUUCCGGGUGUAUCUCCGGGACGAGAUGCCGCGGGAGUGGCAGUUCCGCGGAUCGGAAGCUCACACGUACGGGUACCGGAUUGCGCCGCUGUGGAUUGUGCCGGAGCCGGGCUACUACGUCGUUACGCGACGCGAGCUGGCCCUGCUGCGCGCACAGGGCAGAUCCCAGUUCGGCAUGCACGGCUACAACAACACGCACCCAGACAUGCGGGCGUUCUUCCUGGGACUCGGGCCGUACUUCGAGGAAGCGGUUGCCCGACUGCCCGCGCACGCGGUGCGCGGCCGGACCGGGUAUCUUGCGCCGUUCUCGAACCUGGAAGUGUACCAGCUGGUGUGCGAUACGUUGCAGGUAGCUACCGUGGCCGCCAACAACGGGUCGUGGCAGUACCCGGUUGGGGCUGGAGACGACGCGUGGGCGCAACGCGCGCUGCCGCGCGCGUGGCACGAGUCCGUGCCGGCUUUGAGGGAGCGCUACCCCGACAGCGCCUACAACGAGCUGUGGAAUUGGGCGGAAGCGGGGGCGGAAGCGGGGGCGCAGACGACGUCGACGUUGUCGGCGUCAGCACGAUUGUCACUGCAGACGGACCCGUCGCCCCCCUCGAUGACGUCACCGCCCAAGCCGGACUGGUUCCAUUCGAUUCUGGACGGGGCCCACGACAUCGCGCACUCGAUCCUCGCCGAGGCCGAGGAUCUGGUGGACGAGUUGCGAGACGAUCUGGGUGUGGGUGCUUCUGAGGAGGGGCGCGUCACGUGA